GUUACUACACUUUGCUCUCGUGGUUGUGCAGUGAUUGACGCCAGCAAUUUAAAAGAAACUUAUUCAGUCCGUCGGCUUAACAUACGGACCGCGGUCAUGGAUAGAAUCAAGUUUCGAGUAAACGGGAUCGAGUGCUCGGUGGGGUCCGAGGUUAGCUCCACGACCAGUCUCCUGGACUACCUUCGUAAUACGUUAGAACUCCGUGGCACCAAGUACAUGUGCUUGGAAGCCGGCUGUGGAGCUUGUAUUGUUACUGCUACGAAGGGCCAUGGGGAAGUUCCACAGGGUGUUAAUUCGUGCAUGGUAUCAGUGACGUCAUGUCAAGAUUGGGAUAUUACGACGAUAGAGAAAAUUGGCAAUCGUCUCGACGGUUACCACCCUGUGCAGAAAGCCCUCGCUGAACAUAACGGAACACAGUGUGGCUACUGUUCCCCGGGAUGGAUCAUGGCGAUGUAUAGUCUUUUAAAAACUAAACAAAUGACAAUGCUUGAAAUUGAACAGUCGUUUGGUAGCAAUAUCUGCAGAUGUACAGGAUAUAGACCAAUACUAGAAGCCUUUAAGAAGUUCGCCUCAGAUGCACCCGAUCCACAUACACUACCAGAUAUUGAAGACUUAAAACUGUGCGAUAAAACUGGUGAAGUUUGUGUAAAAAAAAAUUGCGACGACAGCGAUUGGUGCUUUGUUUCUGGAAGUGAUAUGCAAAGUGGAGUCAAAACUAUUAAAUUAUGGGAUGAUAGAUACUGGUACAGAGUUGAGACGCUGACAGAUAUAUUUGUUAUAUGGUAUACAAAUGGCGUCCAAUCCUACAUGUUAAUGGCUGGUAAUACAGGAAAAGGUGCAUUCCCGAUAUUAGAAUAUCCUAAAAUACUCAUUGAUAUAUCUGGAGUAUCAGAACUAAAAGGGUUUAACAUUGAUCAGAAUUUGAUUAUUGGAGCCGGAAACACGCUUACUGAUGUUAUGAGUAUUUUUAAGACUAUGUGUACACAUGAGUAUUUUGAUUAUUUAAGCAUUCUUAUCGAUCACAUUAAGCUGGUUGCUCACAUACCAGUUAGAAAUUUGGGAACUAUAGCUGGCAAUUUAAUGUUAAAGAAUAAACAUCAUGAAUUCGCGUCGGAUAUUUAUCUUCUCUUUGAAACGGUUGGUGCCCAAGUAACUGUUGUAUCAGCUCCGGGUUGUAGUAAAAUGUUAACGAUGCAAGAUUUUGUUAAAGAAGAUAUGACCGGGAAGGUCAUAUUAAAUAUUCUUUUACCCCCUCUGAAUGCUUCUCACAAAAUAACUACAUACAAGAUAAUGCCGAGAUCUCAAAACGCGCAUGCAAUCGUUCAUGCUGGCUUUAAUUAUAAAUUAAAUGAAGAUGGUGUUGUCGUGGAUAGUAGAAUAGUGUAUGGAGGACUUUCUCCUGUAUUCACAAGAGCUUGGAAAACCGAAGCAUGUCUUCGCGGUAAGGCUUUGUUCAGAAACGAAACAUUACAAGCUGCUUUGAAGGUAUUGAAUGCAGAGAUCGUUGUCACUGAAGAACUGCCAGCGCCUCCUAUUGAGUUCAGGAGGCAAAUAGCUUUGUCAUUGUUUUACAAGGGUCUCCUGUCAUUAUGUCCACAAAAAACACUGAAUCCUCGUUAUUAUUCUGGAGCCGUCAAAAUACACGAAACACGGCCAGUGUCGGACGGCAAACAAAUAUUUACAACUAACCCUACGAUUUGGCCUUUGAAUAAACCAUUUCCAAAACUUGAUGCAUUAAUUCAAUGUGCAGGUGAGACAAAGUAUACGGAAGAUGUACCGUCUCUUCCUGGAGAAGUCUAUGCAGUAUUUGUUCUUUCGACUGUAGCUCGUGGUAGAAUAAUCAGUAUCGAUCCUAGCAAAGCCUUGAGUGAACACGGAGUUAUUGCUUUCUAUUCCGUUUCUGACAUUCCCGGUCAAAAUACUUUUACUCCACCCCUAAGUAUAUUUUACACAAAAGAUGAAGUAUUGCUUUGCGAUGGAGAGGUCAAGUUCUUUAAUCAACCGAUUGGAAUUAUUGUUGCUGAAUCUCAAAAGUUAGCUGAAAAGGCAGCUACUCUGGUCAACGUUAAAUACAGUAAUGUCGUUGCACCAGAGAUUGAUAUACGUGAAUCUAUAACUGACCCAGCUAAAGUGACUAUAGCAGGAUCAUUCGAAGCUACAAAAGUGGGCACUGAUGUUUCUAAAAUAAUAAAAGGGGAAAACACUAUUUAUGGUCAAUACAAUUUUACUAUGGAAACUUUGGUGUGUGUCACACUUCCAACUGAAGAAGGAUUACUAGUGUAUGCUGCGAGUCAAUUUAUAGAUAUGGUACAACGCACUGUUUCCAGAGUAUUAAAUUUGGAACAGAACAGGGUUGACGUAUUCGUGCGACGUAUCGGCGGUGGCUACGGUUACAAAGUAUCUCGAGCCACACAAAUAUGUGGAGCCUGCAGUCUUGUGGCGUUCAAACUGAAUAGACCUUGCCGAUUUAUUCAGCCUCUUACCCAUAACAUGAGGGCUAUAGGAAAACGAACACCAUGCGCUUCUAACUUCGAGAUGGGUGUUAACGCGAAAGGAGAAAUUCAAUACAUAAAUCAUGACUUGUACGAUGAUAAUGGUUAUAUUACUAAUGAGCCUCUAGUGUCUCUCGGCCUCGAACUUUAUUCUAAUGUUUACAAAAGUGAGCCGUGGACUCAUAAAUCGUAUAAUACUGUAACUGACACACCUUCAAACAGUUGGGCCCGUUCUCCUGGAUCCCUGGAACAUAUAGCGAUGGCUGAAAAUAUCAUGGAACGGAUAGCUUAUGAAUUAAAUUUAGACCCAUUAGAAGUCCGUCUAUCAAAUUUAGAUCGUGAAAAACAUGGUCCUAUUCAAGAAAUGUUAGAUACCUUGAAAAGUGAGUCCCAAUACGACGAGAGAAAAGUCGCAGUGGAUAAAUUUAAUUCAGAAAAUAGGUGGAAAAAACGUGGCCUAAGAUAUUCUUUCCUUAGAUGGACCCCAGUAGGUUCCAUGUACUUUGAUGUGACCUUGACAGUCUUUCGUGACGAUGGCACUGUUGCUAUUACUCAUGGAGGUGUUGAAAUGGGUCAAGGUAUAAACACAAAGGCUAUUCAGAUAUGCGCAUAUUUUCUAAAAAUACCAGUCGAAAAAAUUAAAAUCAAACCAAAUGAUACCAUGAUAACUCCUAAUAGUUUUCCUACUGGUGGUAGUAUAACUUCUCACAAUAUUGGUAUCGGAGUACAAAGAUGCUGUGAACAACUGCUAGCAAGACUGGAACCAGUUAGAACACAAUUAACUGAUCCAACCUGGGAGGUAUUGAUAAAGACAGCAUAUGAAAUGAAUGUUGAUUUACAAGUACAUGGAUUUGUUAAUGAACUAGAUAUGCAAAUGUAUAAUAUAUAUGGAAUUACGUUGGCUGAAGUUGAAAUAGAUGUUCUAACUGGAGAAUGGGAAAUAAUAAGAGUUGAUCUAAUAGAAGAUGUCGGACGAAGUGUAAAUCCUGAACUAGAUGUUGGUCAAGUUGAGGGUGCUUUUAUUUUUGGGGUUGGUUAUUGGACAUCGGAAAAUUUGGUAUACAAUCGAAGCAAUGGCGAAGUGCUAACGAAUCGUACUUGGGAUUAUUGGGUUCCUCAAGCUAGAGACAUUCCUCAAGACUUCAGGAUAUACUUUAAAAAAGGUUCCUUCAGCACUGAAGUUAUUUUAGGUGCAAAAGCGACCGGUGAACCUGCAACGUGUAUGGGAAUAGUCAUUCCUUUCGCAAUGCGAGCCGCUAUAGCAGCUGCACGAGAAGAAGCUGGUAUUCCUAAAACACAGUGGUUCCAAAUAGAUGGUCCCUACACUGUUGACAAGAUCACGUACUUCUGUAAGAACAAGCUAGAAGAUUUUAAAUUUUAUUAAAAAAUAAUAAACUGCUGGGAGAAGUCAUAAU